AUGAAAUCUAGACAAUUAGUAGUCGUCCUCGAGGAUGCCACCAUUAUAAACACACAGAAGGAGUCCAGGGUUGAUAUACUGCACCAAUGUUUAUUGGUGCUCCUAGACAGUCCGCUCAAUAAGGUAACAAUAACGGUGACGACGAAUCAUGAACAUCAGAGUGGGCUUCUCAAGGUCCUUAUCAGAACGGAAGACAACACACUUAUCGAUGUUUCACCACACCUACGCGUUCCCAGGACUGCUAAACAGUUCGACAGCUUGCUCGUCCACCUAAUGUACAAGCGGCAGGUCAAGUCACAGGAGAGGGACAAUGUGCUAAUGCGUGUGAUCAAGAAUAACAUAGAGGUUGCUCUGCCUCCAGGGUCGCGCAGGUUCGGGAUGUCGGUAGGAGGCAGGUCUGUGAACCUAAAGGAGUUCUGCCACCAAUUCGCGGAAGUAGAGUAUCCCGUAGUCUUCCAUGUGGGAGCUGUAUCGCAUUCACAGCCUAAAGGCACAGUCACCCAAGUAGAGGAAGUGUUGUCCAUAUCCAACCAUGGGCUGACAGCUGCGCACGUAUGCGCUAAAUUAUGUAGUGAAUUCGAGUUGCUGAUGCAGGUGGUUUAA